AAGCGAACAGUUCUCAGUAAUACUACAUACCCACUAUACUCCAGGGACGUACUAAUCGAUAUUUGGAGCUCGAUUGAUGUUUGGUCAGCUAGGUCAGCUAUUGAUAUAGAUUCUUGGAUAUUACAAUCGAUACUACUCAACGAGUGUCCACCCAGGGACUGCAUAAUAUUCAGAAGAGCAGUAGACAAUAAUAUACGAACAUGUGAUCAAACCGAACACUUCAUUAGUGCAUAUUAUGAGUUUCGAUUCAAACGAGUUUAGGAAUAGCAUUUCUCAUGUACUGGGAUUAAGAAACUGUCAUCAUGUCGAAGAAAUCGGAUCUGAAAGCCUUUCGUAAAGAUGCCUUGAGUUGGCAUAACAAGUAUCGAGAUGUCCACGGAGUGCCGAAUUUGAAGCUUUCUGACAACCUCAACGACCACGCCCAAAGAUGGGCGGAACAUCUGGCUCGUUCAGGAACAUUCAGUCACAGUAAUAACAGAGAGUUGGGAGAAAACAUUGCCAUGCAUUAUUCCUCGGCAUCCACAGAAUUAUCUGGUCAAGAUGCGACUGACCAGUGGUAUCAGGAGUCUAGCAAAUACAACUUCGGCUCACCUGGCUUCCGACAAGGAACUGGUCAUUUCUCUCAAGUGGUGUGGAAAUCAAGUAAAGAGUUUGGGAUCGGGAAAGCUAUCUCGAAGGACGGGAAGGUGAUCGUUGUAGGGAACUACAAACCACCAGGUAACAUGGCCGGCAACUUUCCAGAGAAUGUAUUCCCACCCCUCGCUGAGAAAGUGGACAAGAAAAAGAAGAAGGAAGACAGGAAGAAAGCUCGACGGGGCUCUACCAGUUCAACCAGCAGUAGUAGUAGCAGUAGCAGCAGCAGCAGUGAUGAGGAAACAAAAUCGAAGGGUGUUUUUAAAAAGAAAUCCAAGAAAUCCAGUGGCCUUCCCAAAGUUUCUCGAUCGGAACAGAAUUCUUUCGGCAAAGAAGCUCUGAGGUCACACAAUGAUUACAGACGUCAUCAUGGAGCACCACCAUUGGAAGAAUCACGUGAGCUUUCAAAGAGGGCACGAAAAUGGGCUAAACAUCUCGCAAAGAACAACCUUUUCGAGCACAGCAAAUCGAACGACAUUGGAGAGAAUGUAGCCAUGCAUUACUCUAGCCUUUCUACUGAAUAUUCAGGAAAGGAAGCUGCGGCCCAUUGGUAUAGUGAGAUUCAUAACUAUGAUUUCAAGAAACCAGGGUUCACAAAGGGGGCCGGACACUUUACUCAGAUGGUAUGGAAAGGAUCUCGUGAAUUCGGCAUCGGGAAGGCAAUCGACCGUGAGGGUAAAGUCAUCAUCGUCGGUCAGUACCGACCUCCUGGUAACAUCAUUGACCACUUCGAAGAGAAUGUUUUCAAGCGUGAUGAUGGUAUCAUGCCCCCACCACCCCCUGAGAAGGAAUCAACCCAGGUUACUCGGGUAGUAAGAUCAACAGAAUACGAGUCAGGGCCGAGCAGAGAAGUCAAAGCUGCUGAAGUCAAUGAAACCAUCAGAAAGAUGGGUGGAGUCAAGUUAAAAGAAGCGGACGUAUCACCAGCGGAUUUGAAGACAUUCCAGAAAGACAGCGUGGCUGCUCUUAAUAAGAUCCGACAAAAACAUUCCGUACCAAAACUCAAGCAAUCAGAUGAACUGGAAAGAAGAGCUCAGGAAUUUGCUGCCAAACUGGCUAAGAAAGAUGAGUUUAAAAACAGUGAUGAGAAGGACGUCGGAGAGAACAUUGCGAUGCACUACAAUAGCGCCAGUACCGAGUUUUCAGGUCAAGAAGUGGUGGAUAUGUGGUACAAACAGAUAGAUAAAUAUGAUUUCAAGAAACCCGGUUUCACUUCAGGGGCAGGACAUUUCACUCAGAUGGUAUGGAAAAACAGUAAGGAGUAUGGUAUCGGUAAAUCAAUCACCAAGGAAGGAAAAGUUCUCACAGUUGCUUUCUUUAGACCACCAGGAAACGUCAUGAGGCAGUUUGAAGACAAUGUACUCCCCGCUAAGAAAUAGAUACUCUGAAUUUCAUAGACUAGAAAGUAAUAUAAAAGCAAAUUAGCUGUUAGGGAACAAUCCGAUACCCGAUUUAACAAAUUGAUUUCAUUUUUUUUGUUAUAGUCUUUAUAUUAAAUUUUUAAAGCAUGUCGUAAGGUUUGGUAAAGGGGCAGUAUUGUGAAUUAUGCUUGAGUAUCAUCAAACAUUACAAAAUUACGUAAGUAUAGUGGUCAUUGAUUUUUUCAGCUGUUUGAUGUAUAUGUAAAUCAAAUAAAGAUCAUUUUUACUUAUAUAAUUAUGAUGCCAUGUACUGUCAUUUACACACAUUAAUUAUGAUCUAUCAUGCCCUUUUAUGGAUUUAACACAAGUAAAGAUAGUUUUAAUGAUAUUUUGAUUUUGGAUUAUUUCCUAAUCACAGCAUAAGGAUAUUCGUCUGGAUCCAUACUUGAUGGCUGUAUUUUUUAAUUAAUAAAUACAUAACAAAUCGAAUAGCAUAUCCAGCAUCAAUUAUGACAAAGCAAUGUAUGUGCCCUUACACAAGCAUAUUAGAGUCACUAUUGUCCACAGACAAUUAUUGGCCCCAAGGAAUAAUUUGUAGGAUCUGCUGGAUACGCGCCUGAACUCAGUCAGGUAUACAAACGUAUAAACAAACAAGAAUAUAUAAACAUUUCAAUCAAUAUUACUUAUACCCUUUGAGCAAAAAAAAGCAUGAUAAAAGGAAUAAGUAUUUUUAUUGUCUACUCGUUUUUAAUCCUUUUUAAGCAAUUUGGUGAUCGUUAAAGGUUUGGAAAGUUAUCGAUUUGUAGUUGAUAGACCUCAGUAGAGAGGGUUUAAUAAAUUGUAAGUAUAUUCUAGACGUUUUAUAUACUUUAGAAAGAUACCUAGCUGUUAAAUAUUUUAUAUACAAGGACAGUUACAGGUGAGCAGGGACAUGCGGUCCUGCUUCCUAUUCUGAAGUGAGAAUAACGUAUUUAUUUCAGAGGAAAAAGGGACAAAGAUUUUGGAGCGAUGGCCCGUUUUUGCCUGUCAAUUUUUGUGCCCCCCUCUCCAUCUCAUAUAAGGAAUCCUGGGGUUCUCCCCUGUAUACCCCUGUAUUCAAAACAUUCGUCAAUGAGAACGGAAAGGAUCGAUAAUAGUCAAUAUUUGGUCCUAUAUUGAAUUUAAAGAUGUUUUUCAUGAUAUCAUCAUCAAUAUGUAAUAUUGUCAUUAUUGUCAUGUAGGAUGUAAAUAUCAGCUCUGUAUUACCACUCGUCAUCACCACCAAUAUCAUUAUUUUCAUCCUCAUUGUCGUCUUCAUUGUCGCCAACAUGGUUUCGUCACUGUCAUCGUCAUCACCAUCAUUAUCACCACCACAACCACCAUAAAUAUUGCGAAUACAUAGAAUAACAUAUAUGUUGUGAACAAAGUUAUUACGAAUUAUGUAUUAUGUAUAGAUGUGGAUUUGAAAAUAUCUAUAAUCACGUUUACUCUAACGUGAGGAAGUAUAUCUCAGUUAAUUUAACGAGUGAAUAUUCGAAAUCAAGAGUUGUGUCUUUUAAAUAAUCAUGUGCAAUCAUUUUUUUCAAAUUAUUAUCUAUAUUUCCAAUAUUGGUCUUUCACAUCUUUUGUAUACCAGUAGCAGUAAUUCGCACAUCACGAACAAAAUUUGUACAUAAUUAAAGUGAGGGUCAGUAUGAAUUUUCAGAUGUAUUUCAUGAUUUCUCAAUACAUGUAGUUUUCUAUCUCUGUAGAAAUCGACUCGUAAAUUCAUUUCACAUGAUAUCAAUGUUGCUGGAGGACUUGCGUGUAGUGCUACGUCUAUUGAUGUCUUAGACAGUAGAACAAUGUAUUUACAGAGGUUAAUUGAGUAUAAUUAUGAAUAGAUGUUUUGCAUUUUAUUCCAAUAACAUAACAGAGAAAGUGGUGGCCAGAGAGGAGAGAGAGAGAGAGAGAGAGAGAGAGAGUAGAUCACAUGCAUUUAGUGUUUCUAUCAUUUUUUUUACCUUGAUCCCUAUACGUAUUCUAUUUCUAAUAAAUUGUAUGAAGUU